AUGAAUAUAUUCAAAUGGACAAGGAACCAGAAUGGUACACCUCAGUCACCAUCACCAUCAUCAUCACCUCAAAGAUCAACACCAGAGAAACAGCAUGUCAAUGAAGCUCAUUCACCUUUCUUUAGAAGGACAGGUCCACUGGCAUCAUCAUCUUCAUCUUCUUCGUCACAGACAACAGACUCAUCAUCAUCGACUGCUGUUCUUAAUGCGACUACAUACAUUCGACAGGAUGAGCUGGGCAGAGGCGCAUUUGGUUACGUUUAUAAAGCAGUCGACCCUGCCACCAACAAGCUAUACGCAGUCAAACUGUUGAAGCGUGAAGCUUAUGACAGCAAAGAGUUAAAGCCCUACAUUGAUCGCGAGCACUCUCUUCUAGCCAGUCUACAAGGAAUUGCACAUCCACACAUUGUUGCAAUCCAUGAUAUACUUGACAAGUAUACCUAUGUAUUUGAGUACUGCAAUAGCAAGACAUUGUAUGAGUUCUAUCAUACAAACAGAGGCAAGAUGGAUGAGAGCACACUCAAGAUUAUCUUCCUUCAAGUACUCUCUGCAUUACAGUUCUUGCAUGAUAAGAACAUCAUUCAUCGAGACAUCAAGCCAGGCAACAUCCUCCUGAACAUUGUAAACAAGAAGAGACUAGUCUUCAAAUUGUCAGACUUUGGAUUGUCUAAAGCGAUCAAUGGCGAUGAUAUGGCACAGUCACGUGUUGGAUCAUUCAAGUACAUGGCACCAGAACAAUUCUUGCCAUACGGAUAUACAUCGUCAGUGGACAUUUAUGCAAUGGGUGCAUUGUUCUAUCAUAUCUCACUUCCAGAGCCAUCGGACAACAUCAACUAUGUCCAGGGCAUCAAUGAUCUGCCCGCCGAUAGAUGUACCGAUGAGUACAGGGAGCUGCUCCUGAGGAUGGUCGAGCCAGACCCUUCAAAGCGAAUCACGAUGGCCGACAUCAUUCGCUCCGACUGGGUCAUGAGCAAGAUCGUCUACCUGGACAUACAAUUGGGACAGCACAAAGAUGUCAUCACUCUCAACGAUGUCUAUCAGAUCUACCACAAGAACUUCACAGCAUGCAACAUUGAGAGCAAGUAUAAGCUGUCGCUCAAGGAUCAGCUGAUAUUGGUGACAUACUUUGAUUCGGACAGUCUACAUCCACUCAACGUGACACCAUCUCGACCAUUAUAUACAAUUGAUCGUGUCUACCUUAUUGACCUCUACAAGAUGACGGUCACACUAAAGAUCAGCGAGCUUGGAAGUCUGACCAGUCGCCACACCAAUACAAAGCACGAAGAUGUACCAAGUGUGAGGGAUUAUGGCGACAUUCAAUCAACAUUGGUCAAUCAGAUCAAAGCAGAGUUUGAGAAGCAAGAGGACUCGGAGAAGAUACUUAGAUACUUGAAUGAGUUGUUGAGGAAGGCGAACGAGUUGAACAGUUACUGCAUACUGCUGCGAGACUAUUAUCAAUCACAGGUUCGUGGAGUACUUGGCAACAAUGUAGACUUGAAGAAGUUGGUAAACAGCCAGGAUGAACUCUCCAAAGUGUUCCAAUCAAAUAGGAGUACAUGUGAUAAGAUCAAACAACUUAGGAAUUUCGAUGAGAAUGGAGAGGACACUAAUGAGUUACUUAUUGACUACCUUCCAUUGUUUAUUCGAUCAUUCAUUGAUCAGAACUUGACACACUAUGCCAAUUUCAUCCAAAGCUCAAGCCAAGUUGACAAUCAAGUUACUCAAGACUUCUCCAAAGUGUAA